AGUCGCUACAGCCUUUAUUUACAGCUUCCUUAAUUCUUUGCUAGGCAUCUCAGCGGCCCCUCCACCAUUGCCUUUUCUGCCAUUCUAGUCCAGCACACCUCCUCAACCCCACCAUUAUUCCUUCCUAUCCGUUAGUCCAUUCCGCCGGCCUCUCUUCACCGCGCAACCGCCGGCUGGUCUGGUGCUCAGCUCGUAUAUGGGGGACAUGUCGAAGAAAAUCGUGGUGAAGCUGGAAUUGCACGACAAGAAGGAUAAGCAGAAGGCCAUGAAGGCCGUUUCCGCGCUCGUCGGCAUUGACGAGCUGUCCGUGGACAUGGCGACCCGCAAGAUGACGGUGAUCGGCAUGGUGGACCCGGUGGUUGUGGUGAGCAAGCUGCGCAAGACGUGGGCGGCGUCCAUCGACUCGGUCGGCCCGGCCAAGGUGCCGGAGAAGGAAGCGGAGAAGAAGAAAGAGGAGGACGGCAAGAAGGACGGCGGCGCCGACGCGAAGAAGGACGGCGUCGAUGCAAAGAAGGAAGACGACGGAGCCAAGAAGGACGGUGACGCCAAGAAGGACGACGGCGAGAAGAAGCCGCCGCAGCCGACGGAGGAGCAGCUCAUUGCCGAGCUCAUGAACCAGUACCGAUCAGCUUACGCUUAUCACAACCCGUACUACAUGAACAACCACUACGUCGUGCAGAGCAUGGAGGAGAACCCCAACUCCUGCACCAUCUGCUAAGCAAGUAAGCAAGCGCUGCAUGAGAUAACUAUGCAGAGUGAGACAGUGAGUACGUAAGAAACGAAGACGAUUCUUGCUCUUCUGCACUGUGUGUCUUCUGUGUACAAACUUUGCUACUAUCCUGGUACAGUUAUAACUGUAAGGACGUGUGACUACAAUUUUGGUUUUGUAAAUAUGUAUAUUAAGAAAAUAUAUGCGCCAUGCAUGUGUGUAAA